AUGGAUGGGCUGUUCAUAACUGCCGUGGCCGCACCGUGGGUUAGUGCUAAGGGUGCAACUGCUGGCUUUGUAGCAGCCUUAUGCUUUAACCUGUGGAUCAUCGUCGGCAAGUUUACAUACGGCGCUGGCCAGAGUCCCGUGCUCCCGACGUCCACUGAAGGAUGUCCUGUUGUGGACGUUGUGUUGGACGGCACGAUCGCAGGGACUCAGCCCUCCUUCGUGAAUAGCACCGAUUACAGCAUUUACAACAGUUCCAGUGCUGCUCCUGGCUAUGCGCAGCUGUUCAACAAUUCGUCCGAUGCCACAUACCCAAGGCUGUAUGAUAUCUCCUACUGUUAUCUUGGCAUGAUGGGGAUCACCAUCGUACUUGUUGUGUCUACAGUUGUGUCGUUGUGCACAGGUCCCGUCAAACCAGACAAAGCGAAUGAAAAUUAUGUAAACAAACAGAGCCUCAGAUUCUACCGGUGGCUGUGUGGGUACGAGUCGCCGGAGACCAAGAGACCCGUGGAAAAGGGAGAUGACUUGGAUGCUGUAUCUCUAAAGGGCUUCUCCUACCUGGAAAAUGGCACGUUAGAGAGUGCGUGAUUGGGAAAGGAGAGUUUAUGCACAGCGAGGAGAAGACUGUACAAAUGUAAGGAGACUUUGGAUAGUGCGGGGAAGUUGGUGCAGACUGGCUUAGUGUGUAGACGGGGUUGAGAGCGUGUUGUGUAAGGAUAACUUGUGUGUAGAGGAAGGGAAAGGAAGUCUACAGUGUAAAGAUAUUGCACACAGUAAUGUCUGGAGGGCAGGUUGGAUAACAGGGCGACAUGCACUGUACACGCAUGUAAAAUCUGUACAGCAUGGAAAGUAUGCUCGGCGGGGAGAGUCCAGGCAAGAGGGAAGGUUUGCACGAUGCGAAGAAUUUGCAGAGGGAAGGAAAUUCCUGCAAUAAAGAACCAGCUGAGGAGGGUUUGUGCAAUAAGCCUUCCGUAGGGAGAGUCCUUACCACAAGGAGGGUUUGCAAUAAGGAAAUUCUUCACGGAGAGAAGGGAGUAUAGGUUAAGGCGAGUCUGUAUGAAAAGGAAAAUAUACAAGGUAAAAAAAUAAAAAAAUAAAUAAAUAAAUAAAAUUAGGGCGUGAAGAGUUAAUACAAGGCGAAGCUUUACAAUAUCCCAUUCCUACUUGAUUUUUUUAUAACAGAUAUUGUAAUAAGAUUAUAUGGAAAUGUAGUUUAGUGUGUAGACAAUAGUGCAAGUAGGCGACGACAAGUAGUUUGUGUUUAGAUGAUAUGAAUUUGAGAGAAAUUGUUCAGCUACCAUGGUACUCUAAGGCAGGUAGCACCACUCGAUGGAAAUCCUAAUUGGCAACUGCUGAGCCAAGCCCCACGUCUCUGCCUUCAUUCAUUUGUUGCAAAAGUAACCAGUCUUCUUGUUUAUCAUUAUAAUCUAAAGUUAUUGAUUCUUUAACCAUUGCCAUUACUGAACCAUUUUCAAAGAAAGAAUCCUAAAGAAUAGAUUAAUAUUGACAGGGGCGAAGCUAGUAAUAUAAGCUCAAUAGACUCAGUAAAAGUGGUGCUACCUAUAACUAUAUGUCCCUUGGUUUAUUAUAAUGCUGUCAUGAAUCCGAAUUACUCAGGGUUGAAAUAUAAAGAAUGGAGAUGACGAAGUGAUAUUAUAUAGAAUGAUACAUACGUGUUUCCUCAUGUGCAUAUUGUUCUUGUGAGAGAGAAAUAAGU